AUGAGUAACAACACCAAUACCAGCAGCUACAUUGACAGCAGUAAUUCUGUUUACGAUGAUAGUGAUGAUGAAAAUGAGACAAGUGCUGAGCGUGAGUUGGCAACUAUGCAGAAAAUAUUUUAUGUCACUUUUCAACGUAACUCUAAUAUUGAUCUUGAUAAAUACAAUUGUUUAGAGCUUGAAGCUUACAAUGUAAUGAUGUUAGCCCAGAAUGUCCAGACUGUAGACGAUUUUCAGUGCGCUUGUUACUUGGGCACAAACCAUUGGUGGACAUAUCGCCACCCCUACCUGCACGAUGAAACUGACCCUGAGUACCAAGCCUCUGAGGAAAGGAGCAAGAUUAGCCACCUCGUGUGGAAGCAGAUUGCUGUUGUUCUUUGGCAUCUGAGCAAUAUGCACUUUGGGUACAGAAUAGCACUAGAGCUGUUAACGGUGAGCCAUGGAUCCUACAGUCGCUUUACCAAUAGAUUCGUAAAUGGCAUGAUUCGAUCCUUUUUGAAGACAACAAUAAGAUGGCCAGCAACACUUGAGGAAAGUCAAAAAAUUAUAGAUGGAUUUGCUGUUCCUUCUGUUAUGUAUGAGAAGAAGUGA